UGUUGUGCCGAAAAAAUUAAACCAGAUAGACCAGAUAGUUUCAUUGCCUUCUAAAUUUACGCCUGCAGAAAGAGCACUAGUAGAAUUUUUUAAAAUAGCCUAACAAGCGUUAAUUUUCCUUUAAACUAGUCAUAUAUUAAAAUUCAAUUGAUUUGACGUGUCGUGUUUUUGUUUUCCUACAAUUCUGUCUAUAAUUUUGAAAUAUUACGCCUCCUUCUUUUCUUAAGUUUAAUUCGAACUCUUUAAAUGAAUACUUUUGGAAAUUCUUGAAAAUCAGAAACCAGUUGAGAAAAAAUAAACGUCUGAAUUUGAUCCCAUUUUAACGUGUUUUAUGAGCUUAUAAAGCAGAACACGUUAAAAACGAAAGAGGUACUUUAAGAUGGGAGGGAGGGAGCUGGGAUGGCACGGGCAAAGUGUUUGCGUGUGAGCAAACUGAAAUUCAGAGUAUCAGAAUAAGGAAGAGAAAGGCGGAGCAGCGGCAUCAGUCAGGAAUUAGAAACGUGUUCCACAAAGUGGUUUCCAACCGUUACCUGGAGUAGUUUUAAAACACUUGUUUGCCAGUAUGUCCAAUCACAGAGGAAGCAUCCUUGGACUCUUUAUCUUCAUUAUUUUACUUGCAUUAGCCUUCCUUUCUUUGUAUACCAGGCAUUUAAAAGCCCUUGCCUUUUUCAAAGAACUGCCUGUGCCAAAGGAAUCAACACCAGCAUCCAUAAUUGAUUUGGAUAGCAAACUUAAAUUCAGCGUCAGGCCACAUGUUCAGACUCAGACUUCCUGGAACGCACCUAUUAUGUGGGAACUGAUGUUUGAUGAUAAACUUUAUGACAGAAUGCACAAAGAAGCCAAAACAGCUGUGGCCCUCACAGUUUUUGCUGUUGGAAGGUAUCUGGAAGCCUAUCUCAAAACAUUCCUGGUUUCAGCAGAAGAACAUUUCAUGCCGGGAUUACCUGUGACAUAUUUUGUUUUUACGGAUUUACCAGAGGAGGUGCCAGAAAUUACCCUUGCUCCUCGACGAAACAUCAGGAUUGUCAAGGUAGAGAGGCACAACAGGUGGCAAGACAUCUCUAUGAUGCGAAUGAAGACAAUAUCAGAAGUAAUCGACAAAGUUCUCCAGCACAACUUCUCUUAUGUCUUCUGCUUUGAUGUAGAUCAGAUAUUUACAGGCAGAUUUGGCUCUGAGGCUCUUGGGGAGUCAGUAGCUCUACUCCAUGCUCACUAUUACAAACUCCCAAAGCACAGGUUCACAUAUGACAGAAAUCCAAAAUCCAAAGCUUCCAUGACUGCUGAAGGAGAUUUCUACUACCAUGCUGCAAUUUUUGGAGGAACAUGUGAAAAAGUGAAGGCUUUGGCAGAUUUCUGUUAUGUCAACAUCAUGGAAGACAAACUGAAAAAUGUAGAGGCUUUAUGGCACGAUGAAAGUCACUUGAACAAGUACUUUUGGCUCUUCAAACCCACCAAGUUGCUCUCUCCUGAGUACUGCUGGGAUAAUACUAUUAGCAAUGCAGAAGACAUACUCAUCAAGCGCCUAGUAUGGGCCCCAAAAAAUUAUGAGAAGCUUCGUACUCGGUAACAUGCAUAAAAUAUAAAAAUUAAAAAAAAUGUGAUGCAAUAUUGGAAAGUGUUUACAAAACUUGGUUUUGGGUCAUUAAAGAAUUUGCAACUUCAAAGCUUCAACUCAUGACAAGCUGGAAAAGUUUCUUUGGAGUUUGAGGUGUCGGUCACUGUUAUGCUGAUACAAACCUUUUUUCUUGUGCAUGUUGUUCUUGUAAAGGCCUGGUGAAAGCAAUCCGUUGAUUACACGAGUUAACAUCAAUUAAACUAAGUUUAUUUAGUUAUUUAUUUAGUGAUAAACAUAUACACCUGGACUAAAGUACUUGGACUAAAGUGUGACAGGCUGUGAUACUCACUCCAGCCUAUCACAGGUUCACCUUUUUGCAGAUAUUUUUUUGCUGUUUUAUAAGAAGUGACGUGUGGUGAAGCCCAUCUGUCAAUUUGCUUCUUUUUUUUCAUAACGCAUAUUGGAAACAUUUCAAAGAAGUGCUGUUUGUUUUACUUGACAUUUUUUGGCUGUUUGUAAAUUGGAGAAGAUAAGAAAAACUGUAUAUUGAAGUUUCACUGGGCAGCACAAUUUCAAAAAACAAAUAGAACAUUUACUGAAAAGUACAAGAAAAAAAAUUACCGAAAAAUAACAAUUAACUAUGAAAUGAAGAAAUGGCAAUUAUUGCCAUCAGUUACAUCACAGUAGAGAAAUCAAGGUCUUCAUAAUAUAAGCACUUUUCAGAGAGAAAUGAAUGUCCAUAAUGACUGUUAAAUGCAAGGAAGCAAAUUUAUUGAAUACAACUUUAUUUUCUGUGGACAUGAUUUUCAUUAUCAGCACUGUUGUUAGCUAAUAGAUCAGCUGUAGAUUAAAAAAGACUAUCUAGAAAUAUGCUCCAGAAUAGGGGAAUUUUUUUUUAAAAGGUGAAACGUUUUUUGUUGUAUUUUUCUUUAAUGGAAAAUAAAUUUUCUUACAAGACAUGAUUUUAUUUCUCAAUGUAAAUGAAAAUGUGUUAAGCGACUAUUCCCUGGAUUAUGUAAUUAACUUUGGCCAAGAGUUCAUAUCAGUUUGAGAAACUGGAAACGUCCAUCUGCUUCCGUCAGGGGACUUUAAACAAAGGAAGAGCCUAUGAGCAUGAAGAGCAACAUGUUUGAUCAAAGGGAAAAACAGCCAGACUCAGAAACAACAAACGGUGUUGUUGUCACAAAGCCUUGACUUUCUUUUAAAAAGAGAUGAUGAAAUGAACAUAUCCCAACAGAUGGAUUAAAAUCUUUAGAUGACGAAGUCAGCAAAAUGUAAAGGUAAAAUAUCUAACAGUUGAAGUUUAAUUCCAAUGGGAAUUAACCCAUGAAUUAAAUAAAACGUAGAAGUUACGUUCUUAUUUAUUUUUGAAUAAGUUUAGAUCUCUGGGUAAAUAAUAAAAAUAUAUUUAUGACAUAAUACAGGACUGCCAUGGUGUCUUUAAUACAUUCCAUAUUUGUGCAUAUUUUAUUGGUAUGGUCUUUUUUUCAUGUGGUUGUUUGAAAUUGCGUUGCCUUUUCUGAUUCCUUUGGUAAUUUUUUUUUAUUUGUUUUUAUAAAGUUUUUACUUUUUGAAUUUGCUUAUUUGAUUUUUCUUUUUUCUUUAAUAUUCUGAGUCCUGUCCAAGACCCGUAAGGCUCUAAAUCCACUGUAUAACCAAAGAAUGUUUUCAAAAAUUAUUUUAGAACUGAAAUAGAUUGGUUUGUGGGUGUGAAAUAAAGCUUAACAUUUAAAAUACAGUAUGUCUUUCAAAGUACACCAUGUAACAAAGUAUCUUCUUAUGUCUUAGCCAACAUGAAAUUUACUUUAUUAAUAUUUCAUUUUCACCAUUGGUGAAAAUUGAAUCUGUUUUUCACGUGGACCUUGACAAAUUUAACAGGACACCACUACAUGCAAUAUCUUGGUCAUCUUCUUUAUUCUAAAUGAGUCAUCUGACUGAUUUACAACAAAUGUUCCAAGCAAAUGUUUUAUGAGCAAGUCUGACUGAAGACUUGAUUUUUUAUUUUUUUUUUGUUGAUACACUGACACCACCUACAGGAUUUUAGGAAAAUAUAUGUAGUAAUUAAACUUUAAUAGAUACUUUGAUUUGUUUUAAAUGUGAAGAGAAGUGACAUUUAUAAGCAACAAAUUCAUAGUGUAAAAAUAUUAAGAGUUUAAAAACUGGUGAUUGACCUAUUUUGAGGAGUAAAUUCUGAGUGCAAUCGGAGAAAACUGUUUUUCGGAGUCACCACAUGAUGGCACCAGAGUAUUUGAGGUCCGUCUUUUAUUUGACUGUUAGUGUCGUUAUGAACAAAAUGGGAUGUUUACUACCAGUCACCUUUGAGCAGACGAGCAUGCAUUGCCGUUGAUCACAGUUUCAUUCAAUUGGACACGAGGUCUGCAGGCCUUGAUCCAUUUCAUGCAUUAUUCCAGAUUCUGGGUCACAACUAGUCUACGUGUGUGGUUUGAAACCUGUACAGUUGAGAAGCUAUUUACAGACACAGUAUAUGUUGAGCUACGAACUUAUGCAUUGUGUUAUACAUGUUUGUGAAUUAUGUUGUGCACCUGCAAAUCUUCUUGUGUGCAUAAAAAUCUUAUUUAAUCUUUUUCAGGGAUUAAAGUUGGCCAAAAAAGCCCUUUAUUAAAGAAAUAAAAUCCA